AGAGGAAGAGACAUUAAUAUAUUUCCAUCCUUCAUAUGAGGCACAGAAAAGAUGGGAAAGGAAGCAUCCAAGCAGUCUUAUGUGACUGAGGCUAAAGAAAGCACUCUGUAAAGAGAACCCACUAUAAGGAUACUUAAAAUGGCCAUUUAAAUCAUGUUGCAACUUAUUGUGAUGUGCUUCCAGCCCCUUGGUCCUGUCAUGGGGGAACCUUCAGGGCAUCAAGUAUGUUAUAUUGCAGUCGCUGGCUCUGGAUCACGUGGCAUGCAGUCCUCCAGCAUCUCCCAGCAUCUGCUGCCUGAGGAGGCAGCCUCACUUAGCAUGAUUGAGCUGGCAUGUGCCCCUUAUUUGAAAGGCUCCCAGAGGGCUAUCUUCUAUUCAAAGGGCUGUACUGUCCACAUCUAGUUUAAAGGUAAAGAACCAUAAGAACUGCUUUCUGUCUACAUUUAGCAGGCUGAAUAGGUAGGUACACAGGUCUCUGUCUUCUACACUAUGGUAGAAGAAAUAAUAAUAUUUAUUAUUUCUAAUGUUCCUCUGGACAUAUAAAUCAGUAUGUGCAAAUCACUCUUUUUUUCCAUGAGACAUUUCAAUUCUAUGGCCUCCCAAUAUCAUUUUUGGUACAGGGCAGGAUGAGCAUAGGAUUUUUUAGAGUCCUGCACAAACCCGUCUGGUGACAGAGCUCCCCUUGCACACAAAAACAACCAAAAGACAGAACCUCACCAGUUGCCUCUUCAAGAAUGCAAACACUCUUGGAAGAGGGGAAGGGUGUGUGUGUGAAGGGUGAGAAGGGGAGGCACCCUAGCCUUUUUCCUUCUGCUUCCCUGAAACUUUUAUCUGGACAACUGAAAAUGGUAGUUUAGCAAUGAGAGACACAGUAGUGGCAGAGACUACUGCACAUAAGCUUCUGAGUUUCAUGCAGCAAGGCCAGGGGACCUAAGAUUACACUCUUUCCCCUUUUUGGCAAGUAGUAGCUACUUAUGAGUAGCUACUCAUAAGUAGCUACUCUAGGCUGAAUUGCCAUUCAUCUGUUCAUGUUUCAAUGUGUGGACAAUGCCAUCUUUAAAUUCUAGGAUUGAGCAUGGCCACGUGUGCAGGGAGGCACGGUUGGAGCAUAGAAUAGUAGAGUUGGAAGGGUCAAUAAGAUAAUUGGGACCACACACCCCUGCUAAAAGCAGGACUCCUGUUCAAGCAUUAGGACUGCAUUUAGAUUGCAAUCCUGCAAUAGAAUUGCAUUGCAGAACCUAUAGACUUACCUAAAAUUAAAAUACUAAUAAGAUUAUAUCUCAUAUUGUAAACCCAUUAUUAGCAAUCUGUUAACAGUGUUCAUUAGUUUGAUGCUACCGGGUACUACAGAGCACUUGAUUGCUCCCAUUGAGGCCCAGUUUAUCACAUACUGAACAUGAAAUGUGAGGGUACCACAAGAUGUGUCCUUCUGCCAAGGAAGCCAUGCCCCUUUCUUUUAGUCCAGUGAUCAACAUGAGCACAUAAUGAAACAGUUAUAGUCUUUAUUAAUCCUUGUUCUAGCACAGGAUCAUUGCAGUCAGUAAUUGUACAAUCAGACUCUCUUGUUGGAAAUUGCCAAAAAGCAGCUGGAAAAUAAGAUGGAAGUCUCUGAAGCAAUACUGGUGAGUAGCUGCAGAACCUGGGAUGAAAGGUUGUUAAGUGCGGUAAGGAGGUAUAAGAAUACAAUGGAUGCUCACAAGGUGGUACAGAUAAGUAUCUAGAGGAUCAGGAAGAAUGGACAUACAGCACAGUAAGGUAAGUAUCUGCAAAUUCAUCCUGGAUGCCUGCCAUUUAAUAGCUGCAGAGUUAGCAUAAGUGUCCAUAGAGUUAUAAAGUAAGUCAUUGCAGGAUGAAAGGGAAAAUGCCUAUGAAAAGAUGUUAUACAAGAUGUAGGUGUCGAGUCAGGAUGAUCUGCUACUGAGCUGCUGCUAAACUGAGCAAGUUUUUUCUUGUCCAUUUGAUCUUGUUAUUCCUAAUUGCACUGUUUUCUAGCAGCUCUUUGGACUUCUAAGGGUCCAGCAGUUCUUUCCCCCUUUCUGCUACCACAUUUUAUCCUUCUAUCCUUUGUUCCUUUUCAGUCACUUUCCCCAGCUGAGUUUUCCUUACUCCAGCCCUUUCUAGAUUUCAGACUUUUAUUCUGUGCUUCUGUUCCACCUGCUCCUCUAUUUUCAGAGUCCUUUAUCCAUUGAAGGAGUCCCUGUCCAAGUUCCCUUUCCUUCUGUCCAAACUCUGAGAUGGGCUACUUUUGCUGCACAACCAGGAAUAAUUUGAUAUUUCUCAGGUGGCCUAAAAUUUAGAUAAAUGCAACCUCACUCUAUCCUUUUACUUUGAAUGACAAGCUCCCAUGUAUCAUUCUCUGUCUCUCUCUCACACACACCCUUUUGUUUCAAUGUAAAAGUAUUGUUUCUUUCUUUCUUUUCUUUUUAAAGACAAUGCUCUUUGGCUUUCCCUGUGGCAGGUGUCAGUCAAGUCACCCCAAAAACUUUUGUUGUUCAAGGUGGAGAAGAAAAUGGUACUUGCCUCCACACCCAAAUCAGGGUGCACAGGAUCCAUGGCUAGUGGAUGACAGAUGUGUGGUUCAACCAGAGGCAGGCGACCUUUGCAAUCCUCCUAAGAAAUUCAGAGAUUGCCUUUUCAAAGUGUGUCCCAUGAACCGAUAUUCUGCACAAAAGCAAUACUGGAAAGCCAAGCAAGCAAAACAAGGGAACCACACCGAAGCAGCGCUGCUGAAGAAGCUACAACAUGCAGCGGAACUGGAACAAAAGCAGAAUGAAUGUGAGAACAGAAAAUUGCUGGGUGAAAUUGUGAAGUACAGCAAUGUCAUCCAGCUACUUCACAUCAAAAGCAAUAAAUACCUUACAGUCAAUAAGAGAUUACCAGCUCUGUUGGAGAAGAACGCUAUGCGGGUUUCUCUGGAUGCUGCUGGGAAUGAAGGAUCCUGGUUUUACAUCCAACCCUUUUGGAAACUGAGGAGUGAAGGUGACAAUAUCGUGGUGGGAGACAAAGUUGUCCUAAUGCCGGUCAAUGCAGGGCAGCCUCUCCAUGCCAGCAGCAUAGAACUCCUUGAUAACCCAGGGUGCAAAGAGGUCAAUGCUGUCAAUUGUAAUACCAGCUGGAAAAUAACCUUAUUCAUGAAAUACAGUUGCUACAGAGAAGAUGUUCUCAAAGGUGGAGAUGUUGUCAGAUUGUUCCAUGCCGAACAGGAGAAGUUUCUGACCUGUGAUGAGUAUCAGAAGAAACAACAUAUCUUCCUUCGCACAACAUUGCGUCAGUCAGCCACUUCUGCAACAAGUUCUAAAGCUCUGUGGGAAAUAGAGGUGGUACAUCAUGAUCCAUGCCGUGGAGGUGCAGGACAAUGGAACAGCCUUUUCAGAUUUAAACACCUGGCAACUGGCAACUACUUGGCUGCAGAGCUUAAUCCACACUAUCCAGAUGGUAGUAACGAGGAAAAGGCUGUGCAGAGAGACAGUGAACUUCUCACUUCAAAGAAGAAACGACAGGCAGGAGAGAAGAUUAGGUAUACUUUGGUGUCUGUGCCCCAUGGAAAUGACAUUGCCUCUCUUUUUGAACUGGAUGCUACCACUCUUCAGCGAGCAGACUGCCUGGUUCCAAGGAAUUCAUAUGUUCGACUGAGACACCUCUGCACCAACACAUGGGUCACCAGUACCAGUAUUCCAAUAGACAAAGAUGAAGAAAGGCCUGUCAUGUUGAAGAUCGGAACGUGCCAAACAAAAGAAGACAAGGAAGCGUUUGCUAUCGUGUCAGUUCCUCUGUCUGAGGUUAGAGAUUUGGAUUUUGCUAAUGAUGCCAACAAAGUUUUAGCAUCAACAGUUCAAAAGUUGGAGAUUGGAUCUGUAACACAAAAUGAAAGGAGGUUUGUAACCAAGUUACUGGAAGAUCUAAUAUUCUUUGUUGCUGAUGUGCACAAUAAUGGCCAGGAAGUUUUGGAUGUAGUUGUCAUUAAGCCCAAUCGUGAGAGGCAAAAAUUAAUGAGGGAACAAAAUAUAUUGGCACAGAUUUUUGGGAUCUUAAAGGCCCCAUUCAAAGACAAGGCAGGUGAAGGAGCCAUGCUGAGACUUGAAGAUCUGGGGGAUCAGAGAUACGCACCAUACAAAUACAUGCUGAGGCUUUGUUAUAGAAUCCUACGGCAUUCCCAGCAGGACUACAGGAAAAAUCAGGAAUACAUUGCAAAGAACUUCUGUGUCAUGCAGUCCCAGAUCGGCUAUGAUAUUUUGGCAGAAGAUACUAUCACAGCUUUGUUGCACAACAACAGGAAGCUGCUGGAGAAACAUAUCACAGCUAAAGAAAUAGAGACAUUUGUGAAUUUACUCAGGAGGAAUAGGGAGCCAAGGUUCUUGGACUAUCUAUCAGAUCUGUGUGUUUCUAACACAACUGCAAUUCCAGUCACUCAGGAACUUAUUUGUAAAUACAUGCUGAGCCCAGGAAAUGCUGACAUUCUUAUUCAGACCAAGUUGGUUUCGAUGCAAAUGGACAACCCGUUGGACUGCUCCAUGCUCUCUGAUGAUAUGGAUGAGGAAGAGGUUUGGCUCUACUGGAUUGACAGCAACAAGGAACCUCAUGGUAAAGCCAUCAGGCAUCUUGCUCAAGAAGCUAAAGAGGGUACCAAAGCUGAUUUAGAAGUCCUUACUUACUACAGGUAUCAAUUGAACCUCUUUGCCAAGAUGUGCUUGGACCGCCAGUAUUUGGCUAUAAACCAGAUUUCCACACAGCUCUCAGUGGAUCUGAUCCUGCGCUGCAUGUCAGAUGAGAGCCUGCCUUACGACCUACGAGCAUCAUUUUGCCGCCUCAUGUUGCAUAUGCAUGUGGACAGAGAUCCUCAGGAGACAGUGGUGCCUGUGAAGUAUGCCAGGCUGUGGACUGAAAUCCCUACCAAGAUCACUAUUCAUGAGUAUGAUUCUUUCACCGAUUUGUCACGGAAUGACAUGAAGAGGAAAUUUGCUUUGACAAUGGAAUUUGUGGAAGAGUACUUGAAAGAAGUUGUGAACCAGCCCUUUCCUUUUGGAGACAAAGAGAAAAAUAAGCUAACCUUUGAGGUGGUGCACCUGGCUCGCAAUCUCAUAUACUUUGGUUUUUAUAGUUUCAGUGAGCUCCUUAGGCUGACCAGAACACUACUGGCUAUCCUUGAUAUUGUACAAGUGCCUAUGUCAUCCUACCUUGAAAGAUUAAGCAAAUUUCAGGAUGGAGGCAACAAUGUUAUGAGGACCAUUCAUGGUGUGGGAGAGAUGAUGACUCAAAUGGUACUCAGUAGAGGUUCUAUCUUGCCUAUUUCUGCACCUGACAUACCCCCAAGUGUCCACCCAAGCAAACAAGCUAGCAUUGUAGAGAGUGAGGAUGUCACUGUGAUGGACACCAAGUUAAAAAUCAUUGAGAUUUUACAGUUUAUUCUUAGUGUUCGACUUGACUACCGAAUAUCCUACAUGCUUUCUAUUUACAAGAAAGAAUUUGGAGAGAGCAAUGAAAAUGUUGAUAGUUCUGUGACAUCUCCACCUGACGUGCCAACGAUCACCUCAGCGGUUGUUCCUGACAUAGAUGAAAUUGCUGCUCAAGCAGAAACUAUGUUUGCUGGCAGAAAAGAAAAGAAUGCUGUCCAGCUGGAUGAUGAAGGGGGUAGGACAUUUUUGCGAGUCCUCAUUCACCUUAUUAUGCACGACUACCCUCCUUUGCUUUCGGGGGCCCUGCAGCUGUUGUUCAAACACUUCAGCCAACGAGCAGAGGUCUUGCAAGCAUUUAAGCAGGUCCAGCUGCUGGUAUCUAAUCAAGAUGUGGAUAACUACAAACAAAUUAAAGCUGACCUUGACCAGUUAAGGCUUACUGUAGAAAAAUCUGAACUCUGGGUUGAAAAGAGCAGCAGUUAUGAGAGCGGAGAGCUGGGUGAAAGUCAAGCAAAAGGAAGUGAUGAGCCCAUUGAGGAAUCAAGUAUGUUAAGUCCGGUCCAAGAUGGAAGUAAAAAACCUCAGAUUGAUAGCAACAAGAGUAACAACUAUAAUAUUGUUAUGGAGAUUUUGAUCCGCUUAAGCAGACUCUGCAUCCAGAAUAAAAAGUGUCGAAAUCAACAGCAGAGAUUGCUUAAAAAUAUGGGAGCACACAGUGUUGUAUUGGAUCUUCUGCAGAUACCCUAUGAAAAGAUUGAUGAAAAAAUGAAUGAAAUUAUGAACUUAGCUCACAUGUUUCUUCAGAAUUUCUGUCGUGGAAAUCCUCAGAAUCAAGUUCUCCUUCAUAAGCAUCUCAACUUAUUCCUAACACCUGGUCUUCUUGAGGCUGAAACCAUGCGGCACAUAUUCACAAACAAUUACCAUCUGUGCAAUGAAAUUAGCGAGCGGGUGGUUCAGCACUUUGUGCACUGCAUUGAGACUCAUGGCCGCCAUGUGGAAUAUCUGCGCUUCCUUCAGACCAUUGUAAAGGCAGAUGGCAAAUACGUCAAGAAAUGCCAGGAUAUGGUAAUGACAGAGCUAGUCAAUGGGGGUGAAGAUGUGCUGGUGUUUUACAAUGACAGAGCAUCAUUUCCGAUCCUCCUUCAAAUGAUGUGCUCUGAGCGAGAGCGAGUAGAUGAGAGUGGACCUUUGGUUUACCAUAUCACUCUGGUAGAAUUGCUAGCGGCAUGUACAGAAGGGAAGAAUGUCUACACUGAGAUCAAAUGCAAUUCCCUUCUUCCACUGGAUGACAUAGUGAGAGUUGUGACUCACGAUGACUGUAUACCUGAGGUGAAGAUUGCAUAUGUGAACUUUGUCAAUCAUUGCUAUGUAGACACUGAAGUGGAAAUGAAGGAAAUUUAUACUAGUAAUCACAUCUGGAAGCUGUUUGAGAACUUCCUGGUUGAUAUGGCAAGGGUUUGCAACACAACCACAGACAGAAAGCAUGCAGACGUAUCUCUGGAGAAGUAUGUCACUGAACCAGUAAUGAACAUAGUGAGUGGCUUCUUCAAUUCCCCAUUUUCAGACAACAGUACAAGCCUCCAGACACACCAGCCUGUUUUUAUUCAAUUGCUACAGUCUGCAUUUAGAAUUUACAACUGUACGUGGCCAAAUCCAGCACAGAAAUCUUCUGUGGAGUCUUGUAUCAAAACUUUAGCUGAAGUCGCAAAGAACCGUGGAAUUGCAAUUCCAGUGGACUUGGACAGCCAGGUGAAUACACUGUUCAUGAAGAGUCACUCCAAUAUGGUUCAGAGAGCAGCUAUGGGCUGGAGAAUGUCUGCCCGCAGUGGUCCUCGUUUGAAAGAGGCCCUUGGAGGACCUGCCUGGGAUUACAGGAACAUCAUUGAGAAACUACAGGAUGUGGUUGCCUCCCUCGAGCAGCAAUUCAGCCCUAUGAUGCAGGCUGAAUUUUCAGUGUUGGUUGAUGUACUGCAUAGCCCUGAACUCCUGUUUCCUGAAGGAAGUGAUGCUAGAAUCAGAUGUGGGGCUUUCAUGUCUAAGUUGAUAAAUCAUACAAAAAGGCUAAUGGAGAAGGAAGAAAAACUCUGUAUCAAAAUUCUCCAGACUUUACGAGAAAUGCUUGACAAGAAGGACAGUUUUGUGGAAGAGGGCAGUAACCUGAGGAAAAUCCUUCUCAAUCGCUAUUUUAAAGGUGAUUACGGAAGUGUCAUCAAUGGCCCACUCUCCAGUAACUAUGGCAAAGCCCCACAAGGAGGAGGUGGAUUUUCGGGACAAGAUUCAGAUAAGUCUGGUGUGUCAAUGCAUGAUAUUCAGUGCCUUCUGGAUAAAGAAGGAGCAUCAGAACUUGUCAUAGAUGUCAUAGUUAGCACCAAAAAUGACAGGAUCUUCUCUGAAGCCAUUUUGCUCGGUAUUGCAUUGCUUGAAGGUGGAAACACACAAAUUCAGUAUUCCUUUUAUCAGCAACUGAAUGAGCAGAAAAAAUCUGAAAAGUUUUUUAAAGUUCUGUAUGAUAGACUGAAAACAGCCCAGCAGGAAAUCCGAUCAACAGUUACAGUGAACACAAUUGAUCUGAGCAGCAAAAAGAAAGAUGAUGACAAUGAUGUGACCAUAUCGGUUCCCAAAAAAAGAGUAAGAGAAUCCAAUCUGCAUCUGAAAGAAGGUAUGAAAGGGCAAUUAACAGAAGCCUCUACAGCAACAUCCAGAGCUUAUUGUGUGUACCGCAGAGAAAUGGAUCCAGAAAUCGAUGUCAUGAGUACAGGAACAGAUGCAGGAAAUGCAGAUGAGAAAUCCUCAGAAGAAAUUACUAUGAGCCCUGCCAUUGUAAUCAUGCAACCAAUACUGCGGUUUCUUCAAUUGUUAUGCGAAAAUCACAAUCGGGAACUCCAGAACUUCUUAAGAAAUCAAAACAACAAGACCAACUACAACCUAGUAUGUGAGACACUGCAGUUUUUGGAUUGUAUUUGCGGAAGUACUACAGGUGGGCUAGGACUUUUGGGCUUGUACAUCAAUGAGAAGAAUGUAGCUCUGGUGAACCAAACACUUGAAAGCUUGACUGAAUAUUGCCAAGGCCCAUGCCAUGAAAAUCAGUCCUGCAUAGCUACACAUGAGUCCAAUGGCAUAGACAUUAUCAUUGCUCUGAUCCUAAAUGAUAUCAAUCCUCUUGGAAAAUACCGUAUGGACCUCGUGCUUCAACUGAAGCGGGCGGCCUUCCGUAAGUGUUCUCCCACUGAUCCUCAUGAUCUGUGUCUUCUCUGUCUUGGAGAAGGACACAGAACCGACAUUGCCAGUCGUUCAACUGGCAGGCUUGCAAAAAUCAUGACAAUAGGCUGUGCAAAAUGCUGUGGGACCAAGUACUGGUUGUGAUGAAGCAGGUCUCAGCUGAGGCCAGCACUUCAGCAGCUUCAGGCCCAUCAAAAGCUGCUCCUUCUCGCCCACCUGAAGGGGACCUGAUUGGCAAGGAUGGAAAGCGCUCCUUGCAUUCUCCUCCCCGUAAACUGAAGGAGAAGAGGAAGCAUGUCAGGUCUGAGGAAUGUCAAAAUCAUAGUGUCUUAAGAAGGACAAGUCUGACAAAGCCAAGCGCAGGCACAAAAAACAUGACAAAGUGCCCUGCUCGGACCCGACUGCUGCUUCGAUCCCGACUCCAGCCAGACCUCCAGUCCGCCAUUCUGUCAUGUAAGUGACUCAACCAGCGUAACCCCAUGGAUUACCAUCUUGGCACCUUCCAGUCCUGAGCAUUCUGAUCCGUUGGCCAGAGGGCCCAUGUCUGAUGGGAAGAUCCGAGAAUCUCCUCAUUCACGACCAGACCAGCCACCUGUGAGAUCGCCAACUCCAAGGGCACCUCAACGCCCAUGCUCCCUCUUACCACCGCAGGCUCUCGCACCACACUGUCGAGGUACUGGGUCCCCCUAACAUAUGGGGAAUUCGAUCCUGAUCGGCCUUAUCUGUGGGAUUUCUACCCCCCCAUAUGGAUACUACCCACAACCACCAAUGUGUCCCCACCAUUCCACUCCUCAUUCGGUAUCAAGAGACGCUCUGUCAACUUCUGCUGCAGCUCUCACCCAUCCACCACCAUCUCCUGAUGGGUCCUCAUCUAGCCCACCAUACCAGUCCGAUUCUGACUUGGAGGGCUCCCAACAAGCCUCUACCUCUCCCAAUGCUGUAAUCUCCACUCAAGGUCCAGGAUCUCUGGGUGACCCCCAGGGUAGUUUUUCUGAGCUACUGUUGAGGAUGACAAAGUCACUGGAGAUAGAUAUAUAACACCAUUUCGAUGCCAAUCUAGAUAAUAUCUGUGACAUCGUACAUAAAGAUGACCCUUCAUCCAUCGCCCUGCCAUUCAUCACCACUCUCCAACAGGCAGUGACUGAUACCUGGCAGCUCCCAAAUCAUCCACAUCCCACCUCUAGACGGUUAGAGGCGAUGUAUAAAGUUCAGGAGCAGGACAUUCCGUUCCUGCUUAAACACCCACAGUCAAACUCAAUAGUCAUUGAGCUGUCGCAAGGCCAGCAAACCAGAGAACAUUCAAGGAAGACAGAAAAAUCAACAUGAUGUCUCCCUGAAUCUACGCCGCAAUGGGACUCGGUCUAUGCAACUAUGAGGCCACCAUAGCCCAUUACCAAUUCUUCCCUUGGCAAAAGAUCGAGUCCCUCACUGCAUACCUCCCAGACCAGCAAAGGGAGCUGGCCUGCCUGUUUAUUGGUGAGGCAAUGUAGCUAUCCAGACAACAACUAAACACGGUGAGGCAUCAUGUCAAUUGUGACUCCAGGGCUCUCGUUGGUGCUGUAGCCCUUCAGCGUCAUACCUGGCUGUGAUCUGGAAACCUGCCUCAAGAAACUAAACAAUGCAUUGAGAAUAUGCCAUGUGACGGCUCUGGACUUUUCCAUGUGAAGACAACUUGAAAAUAUUCAAAAAGCUUGCCUGACCACAUGACACAUGGAAGCUCCCUUGCAGCAGAGACGUAAGUGGCCAUGGACCGGAACCCAGUACCGGUACGAGCCCUACCACCAGCCAUACCCCAUGGGAUGCCUGCAGUAUAGUCAAAGUCAGCAGAGGAACCGAGGGCAAAAUGCACCACGAUACCAGCAACCUAGGCGCCAACCAGAGGCAGACAAAUGACGGUGCUGAUGAGACACAUGAACCUCUCCUCAAUCCAUCAACCUACCUUCCCCUCUCCCUUUUGAGGACUGGCUGCAAAGCCAACUUCCCAUCUGGGAGUCCAUCACAUCUGACAGGUGGGUUAUUUCCAUAGUAGAGCAUGGAUAUAAAUUGAAUUGGAGACUGUGCCGCCUUCUGAUCCCGAUUUAUAAACUUCAUCGCUCCAAAGGACUGCACGGUUUCUACUCCAGGUACUUUAUGCUACUGAAACGAGAUGGUGAUCUAUGCCUCAUUCUGGACUUCUAUGGACUCAAUAAAUAAAUUAAAAUAAAAUAAAUUCAGAAUGACCACUCUCCAGAAUAUACUUCCAUUGCUCAGGAAAGAGGAUUGGUUCGCAUCGCUGGACUUGAAAGAUGCUUACUUUCACAUCAGCAUCCAUCCUGCUCACAAGUGCCUCCUUUGGUGCACUGUUGGUACCGAUGCCUCCGAAUAUAACGUUCUUCCCUUUAAGCUCGCCACCGCUUCAAGAGUCUUUACCAAGUGCAUGGCUCCAGUUUGUGCCCAUCUUAGACUGCAGGUUGUCUACGCCUACCCUUGCCUUGAUGAUUGGCUCAUCAUCUCCUCAUCGAGGGAUGACCUUUUGACCUCGAUUGAUGUCACCUGUUCUUUGCUUGACCAACUGGAACUGGGUAUUAACACUGAGAAAUCAUGCCUCUUUCUCUUCCAGGUCAUCAGCUUCAUCAGAGCAUGCCUGGACUCUCUGCACAAAUGAGCCUUCCUUUCUCGGGACCGACAAGAAAGACUGAUCACCUCUAUUUGCCAGAUCAAUGCCCAGCAGACUGUUUCUGCACAUUCGAUUCAACAGAUGCUUGGUCAUAUGGUGUCAACGAUUUCGGUGGUGUCAAAUGUGAGAUUGCGAAUGAGACCUUUGCAGCUCUGGUUCAAUCGCAAUUUCCACCCGGACCGCAAUCAACCCAACUGACUACUACAACCUCUGCACUUGGUCCUCCAGACCUUGUCCUGGUGUACUGUUGAUACCAAUUUCCUGCAGAGUUCCAUUCCGUGCACUUGAACCAAAAGUGACCCUUUAUACCGAUGCUUCACUGACUGGAUGGGGUGCCUAUCACAUGUCUCUUUGGACCCAAGGCAUGGACAUGAGACCACCAGGAAUAUCAACUACCUGGAAUUGCUGGCGGUCUUCAGAGCGUUAUGUUCCUUUCAAACCUUCCUCCAAGACCACACAGUCCAGAUUGCGUCAGACAACAUUGUGACCGUGUUCUAUGUAAACUACAGGGUGGUACAAAGUCAGUACCGUUGGCACAUCUCACCCUUCGCAUGUGGAACUGACCCACAGGAUUACUGCUCUAGCUGUCCAUCUCACAGGCACCGACAACGAGGAAGCCGACUCCUUCAGCAGACACAUGUCGACGACACACAAGUGGGAGCUAGAUCGACAAGUCUGCUUACACCUGUUUCAGCUUUGGGGAACACCAGACAUAGACUUGUUUGUGACCCAUGACAACUCUGUCUGCAGGUCAUACUGCUCCUGAGCGGGCAUCAGCCUGAAUUCAACUGGGGAUGGACUCAUGGUUUUGUGGAAGAACAAAUUCUUCUAUGCAUUCCCACUGAUACCGCUAAUAACAAGGACGAUUGCCAAAAUCUGGCAAGAUGACAUGGAAUUCUCAUCACCCCUUGGUGGCCCUGUCAGUCGUGGUUCCCCACUCUUCUCCAGUUUUCAC